CACUGCCACGUGCAUAUCAAGCACAGACAGAACCCCAGUGACAUCGACAGCCAUGUCCAAAGCACGGUCACAGACUUCCACAGUCUCAUCCUCAGUCAUUUCACCUGCAGAACGUUCUCUGAAUGACCCAUUGGUUGAGCUGAAAGGUUGGGUGCGACUGUGGGAAAAUCAUAAUGGCAUCCCACCGGCUGACCUGUCAUGGGUGAUGAAGGACGGCACUGAGAGAGGACUCUUCAGCCCCAUCCAGGUUUAUCAAAACAGUGCUAGCCUAUUCAAGAGGUGGCGGGUUAUGAAGUCUGACAGAAUGUGGUUUUACCCUCCAGAACCUCCAGGCUAUGUCAGCGGUUCUGUGCCAACCCCACAUCUCUUUUUCCAUGGUCGCAUCUUUGUUUGGCGAGCUUUUUGGGUAUGGAAAUACUCACUUAAGUGUCCUCGUGGUGAAGAAUGUGUGGGUUAUGGAAAGCCUGUGCACCAUUACAAGUCAGGCUACCACACCAGGUAUUGUUUUUUACAGGUUCGUCACAUUUGUGACGUUUUCAACUGGUAUUGUAUGCUGACAGAGGUCUUGUGCUGUGGACAGUGCACCAAGGCAGCCAGGAGUGGCAAUGGUGGCAAGGUUGGUCACUGGUUGGCAAGGGAUUCUGCACUUUUGUGUCAACUCCGUUAGGCUCAUCAGGCCAUAUUCCCUGCUGUCCUUACAGACAAGCGUGGUGUGGUCUGAACAAGAAUGUGGUGCGGCUUCUGAGCGGUAUGUGGACGUUCCAUAUUACAAGUGUCUCCGUGGAAGCAACAGCCUCGAAGGAUUCCAUAAAGCACUGCCGAAUAUGAUUCCAGUUCACCUUGAUAUGGCGAGGCCAGUCAUACGUCUUCAAAACCCCACUGCUCCAGAGGGUCGUCAGCAGGCCUUAUUGGUGGCAACAAAUGAGGCCCGUGACUGCAGAAACAGGAGAAUGAGUUUUCCUCUUCCCCCUCCUCAGCUGCUCUGUGAUUCCACUGCACUGGCCCAUGCGGAAAGAGAACUACGUUCUGAAGGGAUAAGAACACCAUCACGACAGCAGUGUCUGGGGAAGAUGGUGCUACCCUUCGGCCAGUAUCUUAACGCACCAUUUCACUGGCUUGUGUCAAAUGAUGUGGGCUACAUGAAGUACUUGAUCGACAAGCACAGAGAAGAACUCUCUAAAAAAGUUGGAAAGGGGCAAGCACAAAAUGAUUGGAUAAAAGACCACCUGGCAGAGUAUGCAGAGAGCUUUCCAGAAGUUUCAAUCGCUCUGGAAGCCAACAUCCACCGAUGUGUUUACGGACAGAAGGGGUUUGAGAGCCAUAGCUUCCAGGAGAUGUGGGAGCUCUACAGCCAGUAUUCUGCACAGAAGGACAGGCCAGAUGAUUUUGGUACGAGUCAGAGGGAAACAAUACAAAAGGCAUACAGCUCUGUUAGCCGCUGGCUAAAUACACCUAUAACACACAUCACCAGUGUGCAGAUGAAGAGAUUUAGAAAAUACAUUUAUGACAAGAAGACUCAAAAGUCAAGCUCUUCAAUCAGUGACCCCUUAUGGCUGGAUGAUACCCACUUGUUGGAGGUGAUCAAAUCUGAGCCAAUGGCUUCCACAGCAUCAUGCGCAGCCUCAGCAUCAUCUGCAGCCCCAGCAGCCUCAGCAUUAUCCAAAGCCUCAGCAUCAUCCACAGCUCCAUUCAAAGCCUCAGCAUCAUCUGCAGCCCCAGCAGCCUCAGCAUUAUACAAAGCCUCAGCAUCAUCCACAGCCUCAUCCAAAGCCUCAGCAUCAUCCAAAGCCUCAGCAUCAUCCAAAGCCCCAGCAUCAUCCAAAGCCCCAGCAUCAUCCAAAGCCCCAGCAUCAUCCGCAGCCCCAGCAUCAUCCGCAGCCCCAGCAUCAUCUGCAGCCCCAGCAUCAUCCGCAGCCCCAGCUUCAUCUGCAGCCUCAGCUUCAUCUGCAGCCUCACCAUCAUCAGUAGCCUUAGCAUUAUGCACAGCCACAUCCACAUCUUCAAAGGAGUCCUCCUCCACACCUUCAAAGAAGUCCACACCUUCAUCAAAGAAGUCAUCCACAGCCACGGUCCCAGUAGAACCCAGUAGUAACUCCCCUGUCGAGCUGGAGGGCUGGGUGCGACUGUGGGAAAAUCCCAAUGGCAUCCCACCAGCUGAUCUUUCCUGGGUGAAGGAUGACACAGAGCGAGGACUCUUUGGGCCCAUUCAGGUGUACCGUGACAAUGCUGGGGUAUUGAAGAGGCGGCGAGUACUAAAAUCAGACCGCAUGUGGUUUUACCCUCCAGAACCUCCAGGCUACAUCAGUGGUACUGUGCCAACUCCACAUCUCUUCUUUCGGCGUAACGUAUUUGUGUGGCGGCCUGUUGGAGUUUGGAAAUACUCACUGAAGUGUCCUCGAGGAGAAGAAUGUGUGGGUCAAAGUAUGAACGUGUACCUCAACAAAUCAGGCUACCAUACCAAGGUUCGUCACGUGUGUGACGUUUCCGGCUGGUACUUUAUAAUAACAGAGGUCCUGUGCUGCGGACCAUGUACAAAAGCAGCCAGGAGUGGUGGCAUUUGCAAGGCGGGCAGGUGGUUGGCAUGGGAUUCUGCCAUUCUUUGUCAACUCAGUGAGGCUCACCAAGCCAUGUUUCCUGCUAUUCUGACAGACAAGCGUGGUGUGGACAAAAAUGUGGUGCGGCUUUUGAGGGACCGGACCGAAGGGAACACCAUGGUUAAAGUGUGGCGACAAAUUCAGGAGAAUCAUGUUGAGGAGUAUCUCCACAGGAAAGACCUUUACACCACACUCCUCAUGACUCUCCUGAAGCCUGGGGGAAUCGUGUCAGCCUUAGGACACACGUUUGAGGCUCCACCUCCUCAAAGAGAGCUUCCCUCGGCUCGCCUGCUUCGCCAUGCUUUCCUUCUGGCGGAGGCCAGCAACGUACAGGACUACAGGAACCAGAUUCUCUCCACUUUUGGCAAAGUGCUAAAGAUGGACUCCACUAAAAAGGUGGUGAAGAAGCUGUCUGGGGAGGGUAAAGGCACGGCGGAGUGGUUUACCAGCAUAGGCAAUGAGCAUUCGCAGAUUGUCUCAUUUGUUCUUACCUGUGAAGAGUCCACUCGGUGUCUGAAGCCAAUGUGUCAGGGAGUAAUGGACCGCUUCCACCAGGCCAAUCAACCUGUGCCCAACAUCUUGUACAUUGACCGCGGGUGUUGUCGGGCACAAGGCCCGAGCGCUGUGGAGAGCUUAUUCCAGACGUGGGUUGAGAAUGGUAUGGUGGUGCGUUUGGACAUCUUCCACUGGAUACAUCGCUUUGAUGCAGCCAUUCGUACAGACAGCCACUCCAAGUACGCUGUGUUCAAGUCUGCCCUAGCAGGAGCGGUGCUGGCCUACAACCGCACAGACUUGGAGCUGCUCAUCAAAGCUGUUAGAGCGAAGGACCCGACAGUUUUUCACACCGUGGCUGAUGAAGACAUGAUGCGACUUUAUGUAUCCAGGGAACAGCUGAAGCACCACGUUCGCAGAGUCACACUUGGGGCUCAGGAGACCUUCCGGCUUGUCCAGAUAGCCAUAGAUGAGCUCAAAGGUCCUGCUGGGCUAGACGAGAGUGGAGUCAGCCUCUUCAAAUCGGCAGAAGCAAUAGACGGUGUAUGGGAAGGCCAGCAACGACACCUAGAGUGCAUUCAGGAUCCUCCAGAGAUGAGCAUGUACAGAGUGGCUCAUAGCACCAACAUCAACGGGGUGGACCUUCCUUAUUUCAAAUGUCUCCGUGGAAGCAACAGCCUGGAAGGAUUCCACAAAACACUGCCUCACAUGAUACCAGACUCUCAGAUCGAUCGCUCCUCGUUCCUGGAAAGAAAUCUUCAAAUGAGUCCCCACUGUGCUGCACGUCCAUAUCAAGUUUACCUGAUUAGUGGAAUCGCUCGGUGGAACUCAGACCGCAGCUCUGAUGCUGUGUUUGGUGGGAAAGGCAGAAAACUUAGAUCCUACUCUGCACCUCUGAUCGAGCGCCUUAACACCCGCUGCCAGCAGCUGUUUGGAGAAACCGUGGAGAAGAAUUUCCAAGCCCCUGCUGCUGUGACAUCAAAUGAGCUGCUUGGUUUGGAGUACCUCUUUAGCCAAAGCACAGGUGAAUCUGUUGCCUUCUCCCUCAGUGACCUCUCAAAGGAUGGUCCCAGUCCAGAGGAGGAAGUGGUUCAGCCAGACGAGCUUGACCCCAAUGAGGAUGACGAGGCCUACCAGAGCGACCCAGAGGCAGACCAGGACAGGAUGACUACUGACCCGGCCCACAUAAACCUUACCAUGGAGGAAACCACCACUGCUUACCCUCCGGCCUUUGAGGAUGCCUGUAGCCCCAACCCGCUGCCUGGAUUCCAGCAGCCGGAAAACUUCUGUUCUCUGCUUGUGGAGAUUGGCAAGACUGAGAAUAAGCUGAGCCUGAUGACAGGGCAAAGGAACAGGCUCGUCGCCGCAUGGCACGCUGUAAUGGAACAUGACAAGCAACCACAGAAGUUUCAUCAUCUGUACAGAACACAAUGGGGUAACACGUUGUAUUGCCACACAAAGAGGGACGAUCAUGCUGAUGCUGCUGUGAUUCAGCGGGUCAAGAUGGCCAAACGCUACGCACCGGCUCAGCAGGACAUCAGCGCUCAGCAAAACCGACUAAUGUACACACUGGUCAAACUUCUUUGGCUGGGCUUACCUCAAAGAUCCAAAGCAAGCCCAGAAAAACACCCAUUCUGAAAGCCUAUGAGAGAAUUCAGCACCGCAUAUUGUUAUUGGAUCCAGUGCUGAGUAAUGUGGGUAUUCCUCUACCAAAAAUUAACAACAAGACGGUGAGGGAUUUCAUCCGUCGUCAAGAGAGGCUCAUCAACCUGCAGUCAACAAGAAUGCCAUCGGCCUCAAUAUCAAAGAUUACGUCUGUCUCCUCAAAAGACUUACCUCCAGCACCACAUCAACCGUCGGUUCUCCCUCCACCUGUAUAUCAACAGAUUGUGUAUGAACACAUUCCCAGCAAGGCAGGGACCAAGGUCUUAAAAGAACGAUCAGACAUGGUAAUGACAGCUCCUAAAACCUCGUCCCGGGUAAUGCCAGCCAUGUCUACCGUCUUCAGACCUCCACCAAGAAACACUUCAUCCACUGCUCCUACACAAGAGAUUCCGGCUACGUCCACCAGCACCACACCCUUGACAGUGUCUUCUGGCCCCACUGACACACCACAGAGUAUUGACACCCCCUCAGCCUGGUCCAGAGCUACAGUGUACAAAAGGAAAAGCACAGACAAUCCUACUCAAGUUGGAGUCAAACUGUCACGUGUACAUAACUUGCCUGUUUGUACGCUUUGCCACCAACCCACUCAGGGACACAAAAAAUAAAAAAAAAAGACUUUUUGUCCUGUGAAAAUGAUGUCGACCUCCUUAGGAUUGGACAACAGAGUGUUCGACAGCUAUGAACACUUUACCACAGUUGUGGACUCACUAAGGUGAAUUUUGUUUUGCCUUUGUGAGAUAGGAAUAGCGUUUUUAUUUCACGUAACCGCACUUUUUACUCACUAUUUUUAAUUAUAUAAAGUUUAUGUGUGUAUCUGCUGUAUCUUUUAACCCAUUUUUAAAAGCAACAAUAUAUAGGAUAUUGUAUAUAUUGCCUUUAAUAUAUUUUUCUAUAUCACUUAACUAUUUUAUACUUGAUGUAACUGUGAUGCUUGUCUUGAAUAUUGCAUUUUAUUUCAUUCCAGUUAUAUUUUAUCUACCUAACCUUACCUUAUAUUUCAUAUUAUAUUAUAUUUUGUGUUAA